AUGGAUACACUCAAGCGCGUCAGGUCGUGGGUCCAUGUAUGCACUAUGUGGCCCUUCACCGUCCUCGCUGCGCUUCCCAGCGCACAUCUGAUCCUUAUCACUGUCGUCUUCUCUUACCUUCUUUUCGUCCACCUCGCGCGAUGGCGCCGCUACAAGCAUGUGCAUCGCAAAUAUGCCCAUCGAAUCCAGGACCCCAGCUCGCUCACUCCUUCUGAGGCGCAAGACAUCAUGCACACGACGCUGCUCUGGGAUAUUCCCUCGGUCCUCUUCAACGCUCUCUCUUUCGCCAUUGUGCGAACGUACGCUAUCCCGUCCAUCUCGCGGAUCUUGAGCGGCACGAAGGAGCUCCAAUCGAGUACAGUCUCGAAGCGCUAUAUAGAUACGGCCAUUCUAGUCGCCACCUAUUCGACAUGCCCAUUCCGCACCGGGGAAGCGCCUUCUGACUUCUACGCCACAUUUGCUAGCAUAGAGGCUGCCGAUGCCGACCCUCGUGCGUAUGUGGCGAUAGCGCGGAUGAAUUGGUUGCACGAGAAGUACACAAUUAAGAACGAAGACUACUUGAUUACGCUGGCAUUCGUGAUCUUCCUUCCCAUCAGAUGGGCGGGGCGCUUUGGCUGGCGCCCGCUAUCACCGCUGGAAGUGCACGCGCGCUAUGUUUUCUGGCGCCAUAUAGGCGAGUUGAUGAACCUCCGCGACAUACCGAGCAGCGCAGCAGACUUCGAAGCAUGGGCGGCGGACUAUGAAACCCGCUACAUGGUACCAGCGGACUCCAAUCACGCGCUUGCGGAGGGGAUGCUAAACGAGCUUGCAUCAUCCGUUCCUUCAUUCGCGCGUGGGCUGUUCAAGCGCCUGAUUAUAUGCACGAUGGACGAGCGCAUGCGCAUAGCCAUGAAACUGCCUGCACAGCCUUGGGCGCUGCAUCUCCUUGUAGACGUUAGUGCAGCAUUGAUACGGUUCUUCGGUCGCCAUCUACUCCCGCCCCGUCCGUAUCCGUAUUGCGUCGUACCAGUAAAGGCAAAUGCAGAAUGUGAGGGCGAUGGCAAACUGGCGCGCAUGCACCCUCUUCUGAAGGUGACGAAGCCGUGGUACCUUCCACGCGCAACGGGGCUGUGGCAAGUCCUUGAGAGCGUUACCCUCGCACUAGGAUUACGAGGAGCGGCCGAUAUUCCCGGGCCCCAAUACGAUGACCAGGGGUAUAGGCUUGAGGAGCUCGGGCCCUCCCGUUGGAAAGAUGCUGGGCACUUGGACGUCAUGCGGAAGGCGAGUGACAUGAUGGGCUGUCCUGUAGAAGGAGUGUGGGCGCGCGACGGGACGAAGUAG